UCACUGUGUAUCGUCAAAAUUCUCAUUAAAAUUUGCUCAUGAUUUUUAUAUUAAUUAAAGGAUAAAUCUAUAAAACGUAUUUGUGCUCGUUGUGAUUUAAAUAUAUUGUUGCUUGUAAAGCAAUAAAUAGCUUUUGAGAAAUCAAAUACUGAGGUUUACUAAAAGUGGUAAAUUUUUCGAAUAGUGCAUAAUAUUAUUUUUUGUCUACAAUUCAUUACAACGGUUUUGCAUUAACAUGCAAAGCGUAAUAAAUUCUGUAAAGGGUACCGCCCUUGGGGUUGCAGGAUAUCUGACCCCUGUUUUAAAGGAAUCAAAAUUUAAUGAAACUGGGGUUUUGACACCAGAAGAAUUUGUGGCCGCUGGAGAUCACCUAGUGCAUCACUGCCCCACUUGGCAAUGGGCAAAAGGAGAGGAGUCUAAGCUUAGACCAUACCUGCCUCCAGAUAAGCAGUUUCUUAUCACUAGGAAUGUUCCGUGUUACAGACGGUGUAAACAGAUUGAAUAUUGUGAAGAUAAUGAGAAAGUGAUAGAAGAUGAAAAUGAUGAUGAAGGAGGCUGGGUUGACACACACCACUAUGAUUCUGCUGGAUUACCUACUAUUGAAGAAAAGGUGUGUGAAAUGACACUUGAAGCUGCCGAGACUGGGGACAGUGAUGGUGAAGGAGCUGGGGAUAAUGAUGAUGAUGACGAUGAAGAUGCUGAUGAAGACGGUGAGGCAGAAGACAUGGAGAACUUCCAGGAAUCUGGCCUUCUGGAUGAAGUGGAUCCAUCAACUGCGCUAACGACGCGAAAAGAGCCCAAGGACAAGAAACAAAAGCAGGAUGGCGACGAGAUAAUCCGGACCCGAACCUACGACCUCCACAUCACAUACGACAAGUACUACCAGACCCCGCGCCUGUGGCUCAUUGGAUAUGACGAGGACCGUAAGCUACUGAGUGUGGAGCAGAUGUACGAAGAUGUGUCCCAGGACCACGCCAAGAAGACUGUCACCAUGGAAACUCAUCCACACCUGUCCGGACCCAGCAUGGCUUCUGUACAUCCCUGCAGACAUGCGGAGGUGAUGAAGAAAAUAAUCGAGACGGUGACGGAGAGCGGCGGGCGCGUGCAGGCGCACGCCUCGCUCAUCGUGUUCCUGAAGUUCGUGCAGUCCGUCAUACCCACCAUCGAGUACGACUUCACACAGAACUUUGCCAUGCACUAGCUACGGGUACCAACUUACAAUGGUGCAGAGCAAUAUGGUGAGCUUGUUUGUGGAAGUCGUUUACAAUGGAAUAGCUUUAUCGUGCAUUUUGAUACAAUUAAGGCUUUUAUGUUAAGGAGUACUCGCAAUAAUGAAGUAGAGUUUAUAGCAGGGCUGAAAUAUAUCACAUUUUAUAAAAGUGUAACAAUUAUUUUUUUUAGUUUUAUUCAUCUUUUUCGCGCGGAAGCUAUGCCGAGAACUAUGCAAUGUCCUUUCUCGGCUCUUAAAGUAUCCCGAUACAAAAUUUCAUCCAAAUCUGUUUAGCAUUUUAAGCGUGAGGUAACAG